ACGUCGGUUGAUUUUCUACCGAGAGCGAGGAACACCGUCGUGGAAUUAAAUCCGUGAGGAGAUUCAUUGGCUCGCGAGCGAAGGAGGUUCGUGAUGUAUCAGGCAGAGCCACACCAAGUUUCCACGGCAACUGGAUUUUCCUGGCAGGCCGAGGACGGCCACGCGGAUUGGUCGGGCGAUCUCGCAGGAAACGGUGCCGGGAAAGACGAAACCGGAAGCGGCGGAUUGCGAAGCGAAGAAAAGCAGCAACUAACUGACAACAAGAGAGUGCAAGAGAGAAGUACAAAGAACAAGAAGUCUUCUCAGCCUUCUUUCAAACUUUGUCAACUUCGUGGUAUCAAUCCUUCGCGAAAGAUGAGGACCGAGAGAGGAGAGCCGAGAAGGCGAAGGAUAUACACGAGAGGGAGUCUUAAUUGGAGUCUUGCUUCGCAUCUGCGAAUCAAAUAUCAUUACACUAAAGGGGCAGAUGCAGCGGCAGCGGGAACAGAAACAGCAGCAUCCCUCUUAACCACCCUUGGCGGAGCCGCAAGAAGCGAGAAGACCCUUCGGGGUUGGAAUCCGGUGAAACGAUAUCCUAAUGGGACCGUGACAGGGACCUGUCCGGUGGUCAGAGGUCCAGAUGACGAACCGGAAAUCGGGUCACAGGGGUCAGAAUGCGGAGCCACUGGACGCCGGACUGCGAAUCUGGUUCUGAAACGACUCAAUUCUCCUCGACGUUCGACCUUUGCUCCCAGGAUAUAA